CACAUGUCGACUCGCUCCGAGCUUGCCCAAUGCGGGACCUAUGCACUGCAUAUUAUAACUUAUGACCAGCGUAACGGCGUAGAUCAACGCAGCGUAUUUUGUGCAUGCCCAAAAAUAUCGGGCGUAUUGGAUCGUACUGUGCGAAUGUUAGAAUGCGAUUUAGAUGCACGUGGGGUGCGUAUUGGGCGAAAAGAAGUAUCAAUGCGCAACUGGUAAAGAAUUAUGAUACGCCGAAUCAAGGUGAGGUAAGGUGAACAGUUCUCAAAUGCGCUGGGCUGAAGACCCGUCCUCUGCUGGGCCCAAAUAUUCGGCCUGUUAUAAGUUGGAACUGAGAGCGAACGUACGUGGUUGAAUUGCGCGGCAGAUAAAAAUUAUCAAAAUGCCGGGAUGUCGAGUCGUCAAUUCUCCCUUGGCAAGAGCAAGUCCCAGGAGAGUUCUCGGCGCUAAAAUACAGUUGAAAGAUAUAAAAUUGGUGUCACUUGUAGGCAGCGGUGGGUUUGGUUCCGUUUUUAAGGGAACUUACAAAGGACAAAACGUAGCUGUCAAGAAGUUGCACACGUAUACCAAGAACCCAAAAGCACAGAAGGAAAGUUUCAAAGCAGAACUCCGGGUGCUUCGCCUGAGCCAUCCAAAUGUCGUGAAAACUUUUGCUUACGGAUACAAUGAAUAUGAAUCGGGUGAGGUCUCGGACAUCGGGUUCUUACUCAUGGAGUAUGCUGGAGACAGGAACCUGCAGCACAUAAUAGACUGUGAACGUGAACUUUUGGAUCCUCUCAGGCGUCUCAAAUAUGCCUUAGACAUUGUAUCAGCACUAGACUUUGCGCAUGGAAUCGGAAUUGUUCAUUUGGACAUAAAGCCAGCCAAUAUCAUCAUAAAUGGCGACGACACAUGUAAGGUGGGUGACUUUGGUUGCUGCCAGCAUCUUGUGGAGGGUACGGGUCAGGUCAGUCCGACACAGCGUUCAUACCUGACGGGAACAUUUGCCUACAGAGCACCAGAGUUACUUAAAGGGGAAGCCCCGACUGCCAAAGCAGAUGUCUAUUCUCUUGGGAUCACCCUUUGGCAGAUGCUGUCUAGAGAAUCGCCAUACUAUAAGCAGAAUCAGCAUGUUGUAAUAUUUGGCGUCGUGGCAUACAACCUCAGGCCAAAACUACCAACCAAGGAUGACUGCCCGUUUGACUUGUGUUACCAAGAUCUGUUUGUACAAUGUUGGGACGCGGAUAGAGCGAUUAGGCCUUCGGCCUCAGAAAUUAAGGAAGUACUGGAGAUUUGGCGGGAAUUUGCAUAAUGAUAUUAAAAACGAAAAAGACACGCUUUCAGAUCGCUAAGAGGCGAGACAAUCGAGUGUAUAUGCUUAUAAAUUAUUACAUAAGCAUUAUGCCUUUUUUAAUUUUUGAUUUGAUGUGGCCAUACAGAUAUAUAAAAGAACUUGUGUAAUUGCAUUUGGUGUUUUGUGAAUUGUAUAUGUGAAAUGUGUUAAUAUUUUUCUUCCUAUAUUUCCUCAAAAUGAUAUCGACUAGAACAAUGAAUGUAUACAUUUAUAUGUAUUUAUUUGUAAAUUUUCAUAAUUUGUAUAGAUUUAAUUUGAACUGUAUAUGUGUUAAUAUUCUCUUGUAAAUAUGUAUACACGAUUUUGUAAAAGUGGCAAAUAUCUAGCAUGCAGACUUCAAUGAGUUUGAAGUACCUGUACAUAUGUUGAUAUAUUUUCUAAGUUCAUUGGGUUUCAUUUGUUUCAAAUGUAUAGUGUAAGUAAGUCCUAUGGAGCGCUGUAAUAUAAACAUUUCAAUGGAAUCAGAUUCGUCACCAUCAAGGAAAAUAGUCAUUGACGAUUUGAUACCUUCGGCAAGACUGCUUAACUUCUUGCGGUGUCUGCAUAGCAUUUAGACUUUCUAAUAUGUAUAUAGUUCAUUUCGUGGAAGUAUAGGAAUGUUUUCAUCAACAUGUAGGACCUAUCAUAUUUGGUGUUUAUAUCUGUAUAUAAAAAAUUACUGUACAUUCAAAGACAAAUUGUACAUUAUAUUGUUUUGCACGGACAGUUUCAAUAUGUACAUAAGGGCAUUGUAGAUAGAUAUUUAUUGUUUGUAGAUAGUAUGUAUAAAAGAGUUAAGCCCUCACAGAAAAAAAAUUAAAUGAUAUAUAAGAGACAGGUAAAUUCCGUUUUGCUUAUUAAAGAAAUGUUUUAAAUAUUUUUUAUUUGCUAUACAUUUAAAAUUAGUUACGUCAUCAAAUGUUAAUUUUUUCUUCGUGUCAAGUCUAACAUUGCCAAAAUUGUUGGUUGUAUAGGCCCAGGGGUGUUCUGUGUUUUGAAAGUUUCUUAGUUGCCACUUUUCGCGUCUUUUGACUUACUGCAAUAACCAUCAUGAAAAUCGUUCAUAAUAAAACGUAGAUAUAUUUGAUAACAUUUUU